ACUCCAGGGAGGCCUCCAUACAGAGUUGCAACCGCGUUUCCUAUCGUUGCUUCAAAUGGAAACUUUCACAAUGUCCAGAGGUCUUGAUGUCCUACAAAUGAAGGAGGAAGAUGUCCUCAAAUUUCUUGCUGCAGAAACCCACUUGGGAGGAACCAACUUAGACUUUCAAAUGGAGCAAUAUAUUUAUAAAAGAAAAAGUGAUGGCAUUUACAUCAUCAACCUGAAGAGAAUUUGGGAAAAACUGUUGUUGGCUGUCCAUGCCAUUGUUGCGAUUGAGAACCCAGCUGAUGUGAGCGUCAUCUUCUCCAGAAACACUGGACAGCAUGCUGUUUUGAAAUUUGCUGCUGCUACUGGUGCAACACCAAUCGCUGGCCGUUUCACUCCUGGCACCUUCACCAAUCAGAUUCAGGCAGCCUUCCAUGAACCCUGCCUUUUGGUAGUCAUUGAUUUAAGAGCUGAUCAUCAGCCGCUGACUGAGCCAUCUUACGUGAAUAUCCCCACCAUUGCCUUGUGCAAUACGGAUUGUCCUCUGUGCUAUGUGGAUAAUUUAUUUGAGUCAGCUGACCCGGAUGUCAAAACGCAAUCAUUCGCUGAAAUGACAUGUCACAUAACACAUUACAACAUUUUUUAUAACAUAAAAACAGGGCGGUCAACUUUGGAUUUCCUACGGCCGCCCCUUCAGACUGGCCUCAUGCUGAUUGGUUGUUGCUAA